CCCAGUCAUUGAGAUCACGGCUGAUCUUUAGCCCCGGCGCCACUUUUCCGGACUCAUCCCAUUGAACAACAGAUGUAAUCUAACAUUUUAUAAACAAGGCAGGGAGCAGCAGAGGAAAGACACGAAGUUUACGAGCAAAUCUGCGGUUGGAGUUGUAGAGCUAGUUGUUGCAGUCAAAGACAGCAUGACCAAAAUCACGAGAACGAACUUAAAAGCGGUUGGAAAACGCCUUAGCGCCAGAGACCCGGGUUAGUUCCUGACGACGGGUGCUGUCGGAGCAGAGUUUGUACGUUCUCCCUGUGACCGCGUGGGUUUUUUUCCUGGUGCUCCGGUUUCCUCCCACACUCCAAAGACUUGCAGGGGCAACAUGGAAUCUGGUUCAAUUGAAGAACGGGAAUGCUUGCUACCAAACCUAAAGCCACGGCACAGGGAACUUCUACCUACACCAUGUGGUCCAGUCAAGCAAUGUUUAGAGCUCUCCUGGUUAGAGAAGAUCUACGUCUCUGCGGCAAUCCUGUCCCUCCUGACUGUGCUAGGUGCUAACAUUGCAAGCUUUGUACGUCAGAACAAAACUGAAACUACUGACUUAGGCAAGGAAGACGUAGCCAUCUCGGUGAUACAGCUCAUUGGCAUAGUGUUCUGCAUUUACUACGUGUUACGUGGAGUUCUGCAGGAGAAUCAGCAGGAGCUGCUGGCGUUUAUUCUGUCCAUCUUGUUGCUUUUAGUCCGUUCUCUGGUGAACUUCAUCGCAACUGAACCCGAGGAGAAGAAAGCCAUUGUGAUCCGGUUUGCGUGCAUUGUGGCGUUCGGAUUGUUCCUGAUGGCAGCGAGCCUCUGCUACCUGAUCAAGAGACCCAACUUCAUGGCGUUCCGCGUGGGCGGGGCCCUGGAGAGCGUCCAGUCCCACUACCUCACCCUGAACCUCGGCUUUUCUCUGGUGACCUUCGACCUUCAAGCUCAGCUCUGCCUGUGUGUUCUCCUGAUGGCAGGAGCCCCUCAGCCUUCCCUGCUGCAUGCCAUCAUCCUGGGAGUGGGCAUCUUCUGGGCACUCUUCAAAGCUGUAAUCGGCCUCGCAGCUAUCCUAAAGGAGAAGAAGCCUCUUGUGUGGGUGUUCUUGGUGCAGAACCUCCCAGAGCUGGUCUACCUGGGCUAUCUCAUCUACCUGAUUAGCAGAGUGUGGAUAUAUGAACGGACCUACAUUCUUGAAGCAGGCGCAGUAACGGGCAUCCUGAUCUCUUUCACCAUCAAGGUUGGCCUGUUGGUCUCCAUGGUCAGGGUCUACCACUGCUUUGGUCAGGGUCUCCACGAGAGAAUGUUCGCUGUGCCUGGCACAUGUCCCUAGGCCGAGACUUCUCCAAAGGUUCCCGACUCGUUUCCCAAGGACGCAACCUUGCCUGCACAUCCCUUCCACGCCUUGUGAAAUGUAUCAGAUCUGCGCCGGGACCUGGUUGUGACAUGAUGAGCUGUGGGCUGUGGGCUAUGUACCAGUGUGGAGCAGCAGGACCAGACAGGAGAGCACAGCACCCACCAGCCAUGUCACAGCUCCAUGACCGAGGCCAAGAGGACUGAACAUCCACGUCAACGGUCGGUUUUAUACAGCGAUCACUCAGGGUGCCGAGUCAUUUAUUUUUAUAUCUCUAAUCUUUCUAAAAUAAUGUUUGGAACUAAGACUUUUAAAUAUUCUCACUGUGGUUAGUUGUGACAACUGGGUUAUUACAGAAGAUGUGCUUUGUACAAACGGGCAGGUCGAUAUUUUCCUGGCUUUUACUCCCACUGUCUUGCACAAUGAUGCUUCUAGGAGUGGCAACUUCUGAUUGUUGGCGCAGUUUGAAUCGGAAUAAAUCAGCGGUGGCCACUGACAUGCGCCAGGUCAAACGAUGGAGCGAGGAACCAGGUUGACAUUCCAGGUCACAAACGCACCAAUUCCCGUGAAUUAUAAGUUGUACGGAAUAAAUACUCACCAGAGUGGCCAUACCUUGCAGAGACGUCACAAUGCUGAGGAAGGGUCCCAACAGGAAAUGUCUCUAUUGCAUCUCCGUCCUCCACUUCCUUGCUGCACAAUGCAGUGUCCAGAUAUCUGGUUGGGGGUGGGGUGGGGUGGGAUGGCCAGUGACGUCUGAGAGUGGGGCAGUGGGAGGUAUGGUCUCAGCAGAAGGCUGUGCAACUACAAAUCCACUCUAUGAAAGCCAGUAGACCAUUCACCUUCACCCCCCCCACCGUGCCUGCAAACUGCCUCUUAUUGACUGAUCUUGUGCCCUUAUCCCUUUCCCAGUCAAUUCCCGUUAGAAUAGGAAGCUGGCUUCCUGGAAAAGUUACCUUCGUUCCUAUCGUGCUGCAUCUGCCCAUUCCCUCAACCUGUUCACAACUCCAAGGAGCAGAAUCAGGCCAUUCGGCCCAUAAAGUCUACUCUGCCAUUCAAUCAUGGCUGAUCUAUCUCUCUGACAUCCGUAUUAUUCAAGAAUCUAUCUAUCUCUGCCUUAAAUAUAUCCACUGACUUGGCCUCCACAGCCUUCUGUGGCAAAGAAUUCCACAGAUUCACCACCCUCUGACUGAAGAAAUAGAUGCGAGAGGCAACUCAUGCAGUCACAGGAAGAACUUAAACCCUCUACACUACCGGCCCCAGGGGUUGGGAUGCUUCUUCUUGUGUAUGGCGUGCACGGCCUAAAGUUGUAGGACAACUUGUUCUAUUUGAUUGUGCACGCCGGGUUGAUUGCAUUCGUCGAAACAGGGCGGACCACGUGAUGGUUGCAAUCUUCCAUCCCGGGGGUUGGGAUUGACCCCAGAUCUGUGGUGCUACGAGGCAGUGGCCCAACUAUUGACAUCAGGCUAGAGCCCGGUGGACCGGCUAAACCAGCUGUGGUUCCAAAUAUCCUUACUGCUUCCUUUUUAUAAAAUAGUGGAACUACAUCAGCUACACUCCAACCGUGUAGUUUCGUCACACCCUUGCAAAUGCUUUCUUUAAUUCCAGGGCCAUUUCCUGAAGUAUUCUUGCAUAUAGGGUAUCAGGCUCUGGGAUUUAUCAGCAUUGAGAUCAACACUUCCCUGCUUGCAGCUGACUUCAUUUAGUUCCUGCCCUGAGUUCCCCAACAUUUGCAGCCUCAGGAAAUUGCAGCAGUGGAAGCAGCCCAGACCAAAACACAAACCAACCUCCUUUCCAAUGACUCCAUUUAUAUCUCAUGCUGCCUCGCCAAGGCCAGCAGCAUAGUCAAGGAUGAGUCACACUCUGGCCACUUCUCCCCUCUCCCAUCGGGCAAAAUGUAUAGAAGUGUGAAAACGCACACCUCUAGGAUCACGGACAGUUUCGUCGCAGCUGUUAUCAGGCAACUGAACCAUCCUACCAACAAUAGUGAGCAGUGCUGAACUACUAUCUACCUCAUUGGAGACCCUCGGACUAUCUUUGAUCGGAGUUUACUGGCUUUAUCUUGCACUAAACGUUAUUCACCUUAUUCCUUUCAUCAUGCCUCUGUACACUGUGGAUGUCUCGAUUGUAAUCAUGUAUAGCCUUUCUGCUGGUUAGCAUUCCACAAAAGCUUUUCACUGUACCUCGGUACGUGUGACAAUAAACUAAACUCAAACGCUCCCCCUUGUCCCCUCCUCCACCACCCUCCCCAAACCUAGAUCCCAGUUCACCAUCCGAGACCAGUGACCCAGAUACUAGACCUAUCCGAUGUUGCAUUACACGUGUUACUGUAUCUUGUUAGAGAAUUGAACAAUGUGUAACUAACUGUAUCAUGCCCAUUUUAUAAAUAAAAUCACUUUGGAAAGAUCAUUUUGAACGGAAUAACAUCUACUGCCCCUAGUAUCAUCAUGAUAUUGAAAUGGAUACAGAAGAGAUCAGUCAGUCAAUGAAACAGCGGGUAGACAAAAGUGCUGGAGAAACUCAGCGGGUGCAGCAGCAUCUAUGGAGCGAAGGAAAUAGGCAACGUUUCGGGCCAAAACCCUUCUUCAAUGAAACAGCAAUUGUGUGGAUUUCCAUUAUGUCCACUCGUGUGGACAUAAUGGGCAAAGCAGGUUCGUAGGAGCAUUAGGCCCAUUCACAUUUCACGUUGGGAGAGUGACCAAGAACUUGUCAAAUAGAAAAAAACUAUCUCUCCAGACAUCGUUGAGCACCGCACCCACUCUGCCGGUCUGGCACAUCUGUGUGGGGCACGAAGCAGAUAACAUAUCAGGUUUAGGACCUUCAGUCAUGUUUCUUCCUUCAAAUGCUUUGCCAGACCAGCUGAGUGUUGUAACUCAGUGGAAUGGGUUAGGUCAAUAGGGAUCAUAGAAUUGGGCCAUUUGGCCCAUCAAGUCUACUCUGCCAUCUAAUCAUGGCUGAUCUAUCUCUCCCUCCAACCCCCAUUCUCCUGCCUUAACCCCAUAACCUCUGACACCUGUACUAAUCAAGAACCUGUC